AUGGCCCCCGGGGGCGGCCGCAGCGACGCGGUGGGCGCUGGGCGGGGAGUCCACAGGCGAUCGCCUCACGUGAGAGCUGAAAAAGGAAGAACCGGGACGGCGCGGGGCACUGAAGGGGGUGGGUUGCCGCCCGCUCCCCGGUACCGCCGCCUCGGCAGCGGCGCGUUCCAAAGCACCGCGCACCCCGCUCCGCCGGAGCGCCGGAGGAAAGAGCGGCCGGACUACAAGUCCCAGCGUGCACCGCGGCGCGCCGCCAGCGGCGAGGGUCUGGCGUGGGCGCGGGGGCUGCCGAGAUUUGUAGUCCCGCGCGUUGGGGUGGGGCGGGUCCGUCACGGGAGCAGUGCUGAGGUAAAGAUGUGCCCGGGACGGGGAGAGCGGUACCCUCCGAGGGGAGCUGAGGGUCCCUCGGCCGGGCUGGGGGCCCUUUUCCACCAUGAGGACGCGGUACCUGCUCCCCGCUCUGCUGAGCCUCUCGCUGGCGCUGCUGGGGCCUGGCGGGCCCCACUAAAUGAGACACUGGUGAUAACUCUUAAUAUUACACACUCCUCAAAGCACAGCACCAUUGUUGAACUUCCUGAUGAGGUACAGUUCCCUGCAGGUCACACUAAAGCAGAAUUCCAAGUGAAAGCAGAUGAUGUGGGACAAGUAACAGUUUACCUUUAUCCCAAUAAUUCCAACUUGACUGGGCCUAGGAUUCAAUUUCAAGUGAUUCACAGCAUCAUAGUGAGAUAUGCUGAUGAGGUGAUUGGCUGGAUCUAUUUUGUUGCCUGGUCCAUCUCCUUUUAUCCUCAACUCUUUGAGAACUGGCGACGGAAAAGCGUUGUUGGACUAAGCUUUGACUUCAUAGCAUUAAACCUUACUGGCUUUAUAGCAUACAGUGUGUUUAAUGUUGGGCUCUUCUGGAUUCCCCUGAUUAAGGAGGAGUUCCUGGUCAGUUAUCCCAGCGGGGUGAACCCUGUGGCCAUCAAUGAUGUUUUCUUCAGUCUCCACGCAGUGGCCCUGACCCUCCUCACCAUCAUUCAGUGCUGCAUCUACGAGCGAGCAGGUCAGAAAGUAUCCAAAGUUGUUGUUGGACUCCUGGCACUUGCAUGGAUCUUCACCUUCACAACGCUGUUCCUGGCUGCAGCUGAGGUGAUGACAUGGCUGCAGUUCUUGUUCUGCUUCUCCUACAUUAAGUUAGCAGUCACACUGAUCAAAUACUUCCCACAGGCCUACAUGAAUUUCCGCCGGAAGAGCACUGAGGGAUGGAGCAUUGGAAAUGUGUUACUGGACUUCACUGGGGGAAGCUUCAGCCUUCUCCAGAUGUUUCUGCAGUCUUACAACAAUGAUGAGUGGAGGUUAAUCUUUGGAGAUCCAACCAAGUUUGGCCUGGGUGUCUUCUCCAUCAUCUUUGACAUUGUUUUCAUGGCCCAGCACUACUGCCUGUACAGGAGACGAGGCUACGAACCUUGUGAAUAACAAGCCUCGUUUGUGGAGACUCAAACUUUAAACUGAACUUGGCCCUACCCUCUCUGAGGGCUUUCAAGAUUCUUGCUGCCAGUUACCAGAAAUGCUGAUUCUGAUUUCUGCCUGUGACUUGAUCCUCUCUGGGCUGGAACUCAAGCUGUUGCCUUGCCAAGCACUGGCUGCCAGAUGCCUUAAGGACAGCAAGCUCUCAGCUGCACAUGGGGGACUCGUGCCUGUUGGAGCUGCACACACAGCUCAGAGGGAGCUGUCCAAGCAGCACAUGGCUCUUUUUUCACCAACCACAGGGAAGAGAAAGACCAAAGUGAUAUCUUUCUGAUUGGAGGUGAAGCACAAAGAGCAGAGUUCUGUCUUCCAAAAAUCUGAGAUCAUGUUUAAGCAAUCACUUCAUGUCUUUAAGUAAUGACUGAAGACUGUCUGUGGAUCCAAGUGCUGCUGCUGGCCUUUCCCAGACAGCUCACAGUCCACCACCACUCAGGCUGGCCACAGUGGUACAUCACAAUAAUGGAGUUUGUAACAAAUGCACAAAUAUUACCAUUUGAACUCUUUAUUAAAAAAAAUCCUAAA